AUGAAGCGCUACAGAAAGAGUGGAAGAGACACCAGCUCCCAUCAUCCUCGGAUUCCUGAGUCGGACCUAGAGAAAUUCCGAUGCUCAUCUGCGCUGUCUCCCGACACGCCCCUCGGCCUCGUCAGAAAGGUGUGGUUUGACAUCCAGCUGUGUUUGGCCCGGCGUGGGAGGAAGGGGAGCCGUGAGCUGACCAUGGCAUCUUUUGCCAUCCACAGAGACGAGGAAGUAAAAGCUUUCAAGAAGUACAUCUCUAAAUGUCCUCCAGACGCAAAGUCUUUUUAUCUGCACCCGAAGCGCUCCAUCACCCCAGCAUCUGAGGUGGGGCUACCACGGAUUUACACCAACCACAGCUUGCGGAGCACGGCUGUGAGUCGACUCUCAGACGGCGGUCUGGAAUCCCCCCAGAUCAUGUCUGUGACGGGGCACCGCUGUGAGAGCAGCCUGCAGGCUUACUGGGCUCAGUCACUCCAGGAGAGACGAGAAUGGAGCAACCUUCUGUCGUCACGCAACGUCACAACCAGCAGUGGUCAGGGUCCACAAAAGCUGAAUCUUGGUCCUUCAAGCAACAAUGUGAUGGACAUAAGAGAGUGGCCGGAGGUGGUGUUCAUGGCGAUGUGGGAGUGGAGGCUGCUACAGGCGCUGUUAAUGCCACUGAACCUGAGUGGGGAGCGGAGGGCUGAAGAUGGAGCGGGUCUUCUUUUCAGAGCUCUCGGUAACCACGAGCAUCCUGCCCUUCUGGAGAGGCGGGACUCUGAAGACCCCCGAGACUAUUGUUAUGGAGGGUACCAUCCCGUCCACAUCGGUGACACCUUCAACAGAAGAUACCAGGUGGAGUCAAAGCUGGGCUGGGGCUUCUUCUCCACUGUGUGGCUCUGCUGGGAUCUCAGGUCAUGCCGGCGUGUCGCCGUGAAGGUGCUGAAGAGCGGAGCUGGCUUCUCCCAGGCGGGACAUGAUGAGACGGCUCUGCUGCGAUGUGCCAGCGGUCCUGCGACCCGUCACCCCGCCAUCGUGCAGCUGCUGGACGAGUUCAAGGUCGUUGGGGUCAACGGAGUCCACGUAUGUCUGGUUCUGGAGCUGUUGGGACCCGAUCUGAGAAGCUGGCAGCUGUGUUUUGGGAAUCCGGGGCUCCCGCCGCCGUGGCUCAAACAGAUCCUCUCUCAGGUUCUUCGGGGCCUCGACCAUCUGCACUCUCGCUGCAAAAUCAUCCACACGGACAUCAAACCCGAGAACAUCCUGCUGUGUCUGCAGCCGCAGUACCUCCCAUCACCAGCAGGGGGCAGCAGCCUCUGCUUCUCGGCUGGGAUGAAGGCCAAAAACACAGAAAAGGAAGCGUUUGACUGCCGCAACUUGAAGGAGGUCACGGUGAAGAUCGCUGACCUGGGGAGUUCCUGCUGGGUGUACAAGCACUUCUGUGAGGAGAUCCAGACCCGGCAGUACCGCUCCCUGGAGGUCCUGCUGGGUUCUGAGUACGGCCCGCCUGCUGACAUCUGGAGCGUCGCCUGCAUGGCCUUCGAGCUGGUCACUGGAGACUCUCUGUUCCGACCCAACGCCAGCGACUCUGUCUCUCUGGAGGAAGACCACAUCGCUCAGAUUGUGGGGCUGCUGGGUAAAAUCCCACCGGCUGUUGCCUUCUCGGGUAAAUAUUCUGCAGAUUAUUUCAGCCGCAGAGGUGAUCUUCUCCAUGUCGGCCCACUCAGGUUCUGGAGCCUUUACGAUGUUUUGGUAGAGAAAUACAACUUCCUGCUUCAGGACGCUUCUGCAUUCUCAGACUUUCUUUGUCGUAUGCUGGAUUAUCACCCGGAGAGGAGAGCCACGGCUGCACAGUGCCUCCAACAUCCAUGGCUGACCCCCUGUUAGCCUCAGAAAGGCCCUGCAGACCUCACUGUCAGAUGCUUUCAUCAGCCAGACCUCGGCGGUUUCGGGGCAUCUUUAAAUUUUCAUAGGGAGGGAAUUCCCCUGGAUGUCAUCCGGCUCUUAGCCUCAGACACAGAAUCAGAUCAGCUAAUCCACCGGAGCGCCGCCAGCACUUUCAGCUUUUUCUCUUGCAGCUCUUUUUUACUCAUGAAACUUGAAUGUGGAACCUUUGAGUCCUUAUUAAAACCAAAUGCUGUCACGCUGGGAGGAGUUUGAUGCUGCCAAGCUAAACGCUUUUAUUCAUUCACUGAUCUUUAAAGUCAAACGAUAGUCGUAAAUAAAGAAAGCAAUUUUUAUUUAUUUAAUUCUGACGUAAUUGGAUUAAAAUCAGAUUAAUCCCAGUAAUAAAUGAUUUACUGAACUGCAGAAAGAGAACAGAACUUUUCCUUCUGAACUCUACAUUCAGACGAGAAGCUGACGGAGUUCAGAGCAGACAGUAUAUAAAGGUGGACAGACCUGUGGUCAUGUGAGAGACCACGCCCACAUUUGAACAUUUCAAUUGUAACACCCCCUGAAGGUCAUAGUUGAGCCUUAAGACGCUCUUUUCUACAGAGAACCAGACGUUUAGAAAAUAAAUAUUAGUCCAUUAGCCAUUUUAUAAAUGUUCUUUACAUCAGAAUUGAUUACAAACAAAAGUGCUUUAUUUCUCAUCUAAAAACAUACUGAUUUAAAGGCUAAAUUUCAAAGUAUAAAAAAAAUGAUAUUAAAUGUGAAAGAUCAAUUUUAAUCUUAUAGUCAGUGAC